AGGGGUACCAACAGGUCCGGUUGUCGAAUUAUUUUUAGUCCACCUGUUUGCGUUGAGUAUUUUCGGUCCGAAGUCCAAAGUUCUAGUCGAGUGUCUUAAUUUUUACUUAUUAAUUUCCAAAUCUUCGUUCAUUUCAUUGCGUUUGUAUCGUGGGCAAGGAUCUAUUCAAUUACAUAAAGCACAUCCGUGAUACAUUUUUUUAAGUUCUAAGUUAAGUUUUAGUGGUAUUGAGUGAUUAAUUUGUAGUAAUUAUGUUGCGAAUUGCGAAGUUUUGUAUCCAAAAUCAAAGCAAAGUCCAAAAUGCGGCCCUUACAAGAUUCAUCUCAACCACUGCGGUACAGUGCAAGACUGUGCAAAACACGGACAAGCCGGCCUCACCCCCUGGCGAGAACACCUCCUUCGUUAUGAACAUCUUCAGGGGGCAAAUUGAGGGGCGCCAAGUUUUCCCCUACCCCAAUGUCCUAACUGAAGAGCAACGCGAUACUCUAAAAAUGCUCGUCGACCCAGUUUCAAAAUUCUUCGAGGAGGUAAACGACCCGGCAAAAAAUGACGCUUUGGAGAAGGUCGACGAAACCUCGCUGAAGGGGCUGUGGGAGUUGGGUGCCUUUGGACUGCAAGUCCCUCAAGAUCUGGGUGGGUUGGGGCUUACUAAUACUCAGUAUGCCAGACUGGUUGAAAUCGUGGGGGCGUACGAUUUGGGGGUGGGGAUCACGUUAGGGGCCCACCAGUCCAUUGGGUUUAAGGGGAUUUUGUUGGUGGGGAACCCUGAACAAAAGGCUAAGUAUUUACCAAGGGUCACUUCGGGGGAAUUCGCCGCGUUUUGCCUGACUGAACCAUCGUCAGGGUCAGACGCCGGUUCAAUAAAAACUCGCGCCGUAUUGUCUCCUGACGGCAAACACUACAUCCUCAACGGUUCCAAAAUCUGGAUAAGUAACGGCGGGUUGGCUGAAAUAAUGACAGUUUUCGCCCAAACCCCCGUCAACGACCCAAAAACGGGCAAAACCGUUGACAAAGUCACGGCUUUCAUCGUCGAACGCUCGUUCGGGGGUGUCACAAACGGGCCCCCGGAGAAGAAAAUGGGGAUCAAAGCCUCAAACACCGCUGAGGUCUACUACGAAGACGUCAAGGUUCCUGUCGAAAACGUCCUUGGCGGUGUGGGCAACGGGUUUAAAGUGGCAAUGAACAUUUUGAACAACGGCCGUUUUGGCAUGGCUGCUGCCUUGUCCGGGACCAUGCGCUCAUGCAUCAAAAAAGCCGUAGAAUUCGCAACGCAAAGAACUCAAUUCGGGCAAAGAAUCGACUCUUUUGGGGCCAUUCAAGAGAAGAUCGCCAGAAUGGCCAUGUUGCAGUACGUGACUGAGAGCAUGGCGUACAUGAUUUCGGGGAACAUGGAUUCGGGGUCGUCCAGUUACCACCUGGAAGCCGCCAUUUCAAAAUGUUUUGCGUCGGAGUCGGCAUGGUUCGUGUGCGACGAGGCGAUUCAGAUCAUGGGUGGCAUGGGGUUCAUGAAGGAGACGGGGCUUGAGCGCGUUUUGAGGGAUUUGAGGAUUUUCCGAAUUUUUGAGGGAACUAACGAUAUUUUGCGACUUUUCGUUGCCUUGACUGGUAUUCAGUACGCAGGGGCGCACCUCAAAGAAUUGCAAAAUGCGUUCAAAAACCCCGCCGCUAAUUUGGGCCUAAUCUUUGGGGAGGCCUCAAAGCGGGUCGUAAGGUCUGUAGGUUUGGCGUCGCCGCCUGCCAUGGACCACUUGGUGCACAGAGACUUGGGCAAUGCUGCGAAUUUGCUCGCCAAGAAAAUUGACGCGUUUGGACAAGCUGUCGAAAUGGUUUUAAUUAAGUAUGGGAAGAGUAUUGUGAACGAACAAUUUGUUUUGAAUAGGUUGGCCAAUUCGGCUAUUGAUAUUUACACCGGAGCGGUGGUUCUGUCUAGGGCCAGUAAUUCACUUAAGGACCAUCUAGCCACGGCCCCUCACGAGAAAUUAAUGACUGAAGCUUGGAUAUUAGAGGGCUCGGAACGGAUCGAUAACAACCUGAAAGCCAUUGCAACCGGAAGGAAUUUGGACAACUUCACGAAGAUGAGCAAAAUUUCGAAAAAUAUCUGCGAAGUCGCGGGAGUGGCACAACCCAACCCCUUGAACUUGUAAUCUAUUUAUUUUCUUAUUUGUAUAUUAUUGUUAUGUAUGUCCCGAAGUGACUCUUUUUACAGAAUUCUUGUACAAAAUCUUUUAUAAUAAAUUUUUACACACA